AUGAUAAAAUUUUUAAAAUCAAAAGUAAAAAUUUUAAAAAAAUUAAAUAUACCAUUUUUAUUAUAUUUAUCAAAUAAAUAUAAUUAUAAAUUGAUAAAUUAUAAAAUAACAUAUAAAUCUUAUUUUGAUUUUAAAUUAAAAUUUAUAAGAUAUAUAUGUUAUAAUUAUUGUUUAACUUUUAAACAAUAUUUAUAUUAUAUGAAAAAAUUAAAAUGUUAUAAAGAAAAUAAUAUUUAUUUUAAAUUAUUAUAUAUUUUAGAAUCUAGAUUAGAUGUAUUUUUAGUUAAUAUAGGAUUUUUUAAAACUAUAUUGCAAUCUAGAUAUUAUAUAAAAUAUAAAAAUGUUUAUAUAAAUAAUAUAAGUUUAAAUUAUUAUAAUAUACAAUUAUGUAAUAAUGAUAUAAUUUUUUUUAAUUAUAAAAUUAAAUAUAUAAUUUUAAGAAAUUUAAUUUAUAAAUAUAAUAUAUAUAUAUAUAUUUCUAAUUUAUAUAAAUAUAAUUUUAUUAAAAUUUAUAGUUUUAAUAAUUUUUUUAUAAUAUGUAUAUAUAAUUUAAAAAUUAAAAUAUUAAAUACUAUAUUAUUAAAUAAUAUAUUAUAUAUAUAUAAUAAUAUAUAA